UCAGUGUGACGUUGGAGAUUCUAGUGAAAGGAGCUAUGUUGCGCUGGACCCUCCUCUGUGUGCUGGGCUUGGGCCUAGCCAGCGCCGCCAAGGAAGACAAAUACAAAGGCCAGUACAUCGGCAGAUUGUCAACGCUGCACCAUGACGUCACCGGUGAUGUGUACGCGGUCGACAACAUCACCGUCUACAUCGAGGGAUUUUCGUACGACGGAGAAGCGCCGGACGCCUUCUUCUUCGCCGGCAACCAGGCAGCGACCCCGUCCAACCGAGGCUUCAUCAUCCCCGACGAACGAGGGAGAACCGAAGUCCUGGGCCCUUACCGCAACAAGAACCUGGUGUUGAAGUUCCCGGUCACCAAGAAAGGUCAAAGGUCACUCAACGACGUCCAGUGGCUGUCCGUCUGGUGCAGGAAGUUCUCGAUCGACUUCGGCCACGUGAAGAUUCCCAAGAACGUGGCGUGGCCGGAGCCGCAGGUCGCCGCCGGUCUCCAGAGUGACCGCCCCGUCGUCAGGUCGUCGGCCGUCAGGAUCACGGACACGAACACCUUCAGGAUCGAUGACUUCACCUUCGACGGAACGGUGCAAGACGCCAUCUUCGUCAUGGGCAGCGGCGACGCAGAGGCCAGCGGCGUGCAGGUCCUGGACGAGAAGGGCACGAAGCACGCCCUCAAGAAGUACAACAAGAAGACCCUGCUGCUCACCAUCCCCCGCGAGGUCAGAGGGCAGCCCGUGCAGUACUUCGGCGUGUGGUCUCCCUCCAAGGGCAUGCUGGCCUCCGUGACCUUUGACCCCGAUGCGUACAUCCCCCCUUCGGUCAAGUCGCUUGUUUAGGGUUUUAAGUUGAGGAGGUUGGAGUGGAUGGGGAGGUUGAAGUGGAGGGAGGUUGGAGAGGUGGG